GCGGAGGCGCGCCGAGCGCUGACCGCCCCCGAGCCGGCACCGCCGCCUGCCCAGCCCGCCGCUCCGGGUCCGGCUGCCCCGCCUGCGCUCCCAUGCCCCCGGAGGGGCUGUAGGGCCGGGCGCGUCCGCGCGGGGCGAAGGCGGCGGCGGCGGCCCCCCGGGACCAUGCUCUGAGCGCCCGGGGCAGCCAGCAAGCGAAGUUGCGGUGGAAGAUGAGCAACGCCGAAGUCACAAAGCCACCACUAGCACCGAAACCAAAGAUUAUUGGUCAUCUUUCUCCAGUAGCUGUCUCCAAAUUUUCUCCUUCACUGCCAAGGGCUGACAUUCUUCAUAGCCCGAACUCUAUGUCUAGGGGUCCCAAACCACCUAUUGCUCCCAAGCCAAAAUUCUCAGCUGACACUGAGGGCAAAUCCAGUGUUCAUACCAACAAUAACUUAAAUAAAUGCUCAAAUGGGAAACUGGUAUGUCUUGAUGGAGAGCUGUAUGAAGGAAACCAAUGCAAUGCUGAUUGCCCAGAAUCUGAGGCAGAGAAUGAAUACAUUGUAGUUCCUGAAGCUCAGCUGAGCAGCAAAGACUGUAAUGACUUGGAACAUGAUCAUGAUCAGAACCUAGACUGCUCUAUGGAAAAUGAAGUCUCGGAAACUCCAGAAGAGGUAGAGAAGGAAGAGGAUAACGUUGCUAAUGAUGAGGAUACCAGUAAUCAAGAAGUCACUGAAGAUGAGCACCAUAACUCUUCAGAUAUUGCUGAACCAGUGGAAGCAGACUCUGAAGAGUCAACCAGAGACUGUGACCAGUCCGAAGCACUUUGUGAGGAGUCCUCAGAUGCCCCUGAUGGAGAUAAUGAUGCUUCCAAGAAUGUAGAUGAAGAUGAGGAUGUUGUAGGUGAUUGUAGUGAAACCAAAAACAAGGAGGAAACUUCUAACAACCUGGAACUGGUUAAGGACAAUGGUGAUUCUAAGACUGAUGGUGAUAACAUUUUGAAUAGACAUGAGGAACUAAUGGGUGAUAUCUGUAAAGAUACCAUUGUAAUGCCACUACCCGCAGGUGAAUCCAUCCCAGGUUGUGAGAAGGCGGGGCAGGAGGAGGAGGAACUGCCUGAGAUUUUAGAAAAGAGAGAUGCAUGUCUAGCACAUGAUGCUGACCACAGUGCACAUGCAGAGCUUGAUUUGAACAUGGAAGGGGAGUUAGAAAAUGAUGACUGUGCAAGCCUUGACAUGCUGCCUGGUGAGGCCAGUGAAGAAACAGCACCUGGCUUAGAACCAUGUGAAGAUGAACCCAAUGCUGAAAAAGGUUUAGGAGAGUCCAUCCAUCAAGCAGCAGCUGAAGAGGAGGAAGCAGACCCAGAUGAGCACAGUAAUACAGACACAGGAAAUGCCAGUGAUGGCUGCCAGAUCACUGAGAGGCGAGGUGAGGAGAAGACAUCAGAGGUAGCCUGUGAAGCAAGGAAAGACACUGGGAAAGGAGAAGAAGAAACUGUGAAUGCAGAGAAUAUGGAUGAUGGCUGUCAAAUUGCUCCUUGUGAGAAUGAAUGUGGUGAGGAAAUACCCAUGGAACAUUCAAAUGAGAAUCUUCAAACAGAAAGGACCUCUCUGGAUGAAGACAGUGUGAUCUCUGAUAGUCUACCUAGUAGUCCAGGGAUGGAGACAGAGCUGGAAGAUGUGACUGUUGAAGAGCAUCGUGAAAGUGUUGUGGAAACCUCUAAGUCAGUUGAGCUGCAACUUGAAGACAAUGAGGUGGAAGCAAACAGCCUCAGCAAGAGUGUCCCAAGUCCACCUCAACAGGUCCCACUUGAGGAAGAGUUAGAAGUCUGUAAGCAUGGCAAAAUGAAUGUAGAAUGUGGGACCAAACAUGUCUUCCAUGAAAAUCUAGCAGUCCCUGAAGUGGUCAUUGUGCCUGAAGAAUCAGAGGAAAGAGAAACUAGCAGUGAUUCCUUAGAUGACCCUUAUGUGCUUCCUGCAGAAAAUGAAAUUGCUCAUGAUGGGCAGACUGAUUUAGGAGCUCAUCACAGUAAAAGGGAUGAAUUAGGUAUGGAUGGUGAAAACAACUUGCUGCCCAUUGAUCGUAAAAGCAUUGUCACUAGAACACGGUCGCUCUCUGGGAAAAUGCCAGGCUAUGUCCCAGAAACAGUUCCAGAAGAAACUGGACCUGAAACUGAUUUACCGUCUUGCCGCAAUGGCUCUGGGACUGAAGAUUUAAGCAAUAGUUUAUUUUCAGUGGAAGGAAAACCAAUGGAAGCCAACAGGGCAUUACCAACCAAGUCAAGACGUUUCAUUUUAUAUCCUCGAUCUUAUUCUGUUGAAGGGAGAGAGAUGCCUGUCUCUGUUUACAAAGAAAGUGAUGGCUGUGUACUGGAUGAUGGUAGAAUAAAAAGGACAGAAGAUAACUUGUCUUUGCCUUGUGUCAAUGGUUCCUCAGGUAGUUUUUCCCAGAGAAAUCAUCUUUCGUCAUGUGGCAUAUCUACUCCAUCCUCAGUUGUUGAUAUACCACCUCCUUUUGAACUUGCCUACAUCACCAAAAAGCCAAUCACUAAAAGUUCCCCUUCACUUUUGAUAGAGAAUGACUCACCUGAUAAGUAUUCCAAGAAAAAGAAAUCUUCCUUUAAGAGGUUCCUCACUCUAAAAUUCAAGAAGAAAACUGAAAGUAAAGUCCAUGUAGAUGUUAAUGUUUCCUCUUCAAGGUCCUCAUCAGAGUCCAGCUAUCAUGGGCCUCCAAGGCUGAUGGAGCUGGACAGGCGGAGCCUAAGUAGCUCACCUCAGCUAAAAUCGCAUGUGGGGAAGCUUCGUGCAUCUGAGUCUCCUUCAGCUGUUCUUUUCUAUAAGGAUGGUAAAAGAAAAGGAACGCCUAAGUCAUUCAGCAGGAGUGUGUCAAGGGUGGAGUCCUUCGAGGACCGGUCCAGACCUCCUUUCAUGCCACUUCCAUUAACGAAACCUAGGUCCAUUUCUUUUCCCAAUGCUGACACAUCUGACUAUGAGAACAUUCCUGCUAUGAGCUCUGACUAUGAAAACAUACAAAUUCCUCCUCGAAGAUCCACCAGAGCAGGAACUUUUACUGAGUUUUUUGAAGAUCCCAGCAGGGCAUUAUCUGCUGCUAAUGAGAACGACGGCUAUGUGGAUAUGAGCAGCUUCACUGGCUUUGAGAACAAGCAGCAAACCACAGACCAGGAAACAGAAAGUGCCUACACCGAGCCCUAUAAGGUGUGCCCAGUCUCUGUGAUACCGAUGGAGGUCGUCACAUCAGAUGAGGAACAGAAGAGUUCAGAAGAUGACGAGAGCAGCCCGGGUGAUCCCAGCCUCAUCAACAAGAAAGAAGGCCAGUCCAGAGCUUACCUCAUUGCCCAGGAGCUGAUGUCUUCAGAAAAAGUAUAUGUGGAGAUGCUCCAGCUGUUACGUAUGGAUUUCUAUGAAGGUAUCUUGAAAGUGCUUGGUGAAGAAGGUGAAAAUGAACAGGAAGAAGUUAAACUCAAGCAGGGCUUAAGUGAACUCCCUGAAAUUUAUGAAUUACACCAAGACAUCCUGGGAGAUCUGGAAGAAAGAGUCCUUAAAUGGGAGGAACACCAGAAAGUUGCUGAUGUUUUUCUCUUCAGAAAAUCAAGGCUGAAUCACCACACAGCAUACAUUAUGCAGUUUGAUAGGAAUUUGUCUUUGCUAGAUGAAAUCUGCCUUAAAUAUUCCCAACUGGCUACCAUAAUUCAGGAGUUUGAGCAGAGCUCUGGUGGCAGCCCUCAGAGUGUGAAACACCAGCUUUUGAAAGUGGUGCAGCGUGUCUUCCAGUAUCGUGUGCUGCUCACAGAUUACUUGAAUAAUCUUUGCCCUGAUUCUACAGAGUAUGAAGCCACACAAGCUGCCUUAUUCGUUGUUUCUGAAAUCACAGACCGAGCCAACGACAGCAUGCUCCAAGCGGAAAACUUGCAGAAGCUGGUACACAUUGAGCACAGUGUGAGAGGGCAGAGCAGCCUCCUCCAGCCAGGAAGGAUCUUUGUUAAAGAAGGAACGCUGAUGAAAGUCACUGGCAAAAACAGGCACCCUCGGCAUUUGUUCUUGAUGAAUGAUGUUCUGCUGUACACAUAUCCCCAGAAGGAUGGCAAAUACCGACUGAAAAACACCUUGGCUGUGUCAGGCAUGAAGGUCAGCCGCCCAGUGACAGAAAAAGCCCAAAACGUCCUGAAGAUUGAAUAUGAUGAAUAUUGCCUGACCCUAUCAGCAAGCUCUUGCUCGGAAAGGGAUGACUGGUACAGCUGCAUCAGCAGACACAUCCCAGAUGACUGCAAAGCUCACAACACUUCCACUUUCCACAGCAGCGUGGAGCUAAGGGAAAGACUUGGAAUACCCUUGGGAGAGAGGCCUCCUACUUUGGUACCUGUGUCCCAUGUCAUGAUGUGCAUGAACUGUGGCUGUGACUUUACCCUCACUUUGAGGCGACAUCAUUGCCAUGCCUGUGGGAAGAUUGUAUGUCGAAAUUGUUCAAGAAACAAGUACCCUAUGAAGUACCUCAAAGAUCAAGCAGCCAAAGUCUGUGAUAGCUGCUAUGUGGAACUUAAGAAAAGAGAGCGGCCACUAAGUGUGAGCUUCCCUCCAACUUCAUCCAGGUGUUCAAGCAGUGCCUUCUCCUCUGUCUUCCACAAUAUUCAUUAUUCAUCUUUUAAGAAACAGAAGAAGAUUCCUUCAGCUCUUAUGGAGGUGGCAGCCUCAGGAGAGGGAGCUACCAUCAGUGGUUACCUCAGCAGAUGUAAGAGAGGCAAAAGACACUGGAAGAAACGCUGGUUUGUUAUCAAAGGCAAAGUCCUCUACACCUACAUAGCAAAUGAGGACAAAGUUGCCACAGAAAGUUUGCCUUUGUUGGGUUUCACCAUUGCCCCAGAGAAGGAGGAAGGAAGCAUGGAUACAGUUUUCCACCUCUAUCACAAGCAGACUCUCUUUUAUAGCUUCCGAGCAGAGGAUAACAAUUCAGCACAGAGGUGGAUUGAAGCCAUGGAAGAAGCAUCCAUAUUAUAGCAGCUAUCACUCAAUGGACUUGGAAUAAAUUCUCAGAUUUCUAUACAUUUCCAGCAACCUUCUUCUGUCUUACAAAACUGAACAGUGUAUUUCAGGCAAACUGGCUACAUACACUGGAUAUGAACUGUUUCCAGAUUGCUCUUUUUGCUUCCUUCUUCUUACAUCCACAUUUUUGCAAAUGGAAACUUCAAAAUAGAGAAUAUUUAUGGUGAUCUUUAUGUCUGUGCAAGUUCAACCUGUACUAUAAGCUUCUCCUCUGAUCCCACAGUAAACUAAGUCUAACAUCAAGACAAGAAAAUACAUGGAAAUACUGAGUACAGUUAAGUAACAGGCUCUAGAGCCCUGUCAUAUUUCAUUGGGUUGGUUUUGAUGUCUACCACGAAGUGAGAAACAAUGUAGUAAACAACAAAUGCUCAUUUAAAGCACUUUAUUAUUUUUAUUGAACUACAGCUUCAUUUUUUUAUGUUUCUAAGGAGUUCUGUGGCCUGAUUUAUUACUCAUGCAUUAAUAAGUGCCAGCAUGAAAUUAUGCCCUGCGUAUGCUAAAUUGCUUCCACAGAAAAUGAACGAACACCACAUUCAAUUUACCUGGUCUACCAACACUUCACUGGCUAUGAUCCAAGAUAAUUACUUACUAUCAAUUUAUAAUUUUACACAGAUCACUGUAGAAUUGAUGUUAAAGGGUUUAAUUUCAUACCACUGCAGUACUUUGAAAUGCACUCCAGUAGCUCUACAAAUCCAGACGUUGAAUUAUAUCACUUCUCCCUAGAUACUGCAUCAGACUCAAACCCAAAGGUUAUUUUUAAUUUAUUAUAAAACUACAGACAGUUUUUAUUUAACACUAGUCUACCUAGUAGUGUUAAGAUUUUUAUCAUCUAUUUAAAUAGUCUAUUUUCAAAGCUCCUGUUGUUUCUGCUGUUCUUGCUGUGAAAAAUGUCAUCAAAAGUUUAUUCCAUAUAACCAGCACACCAUUUGAAAUAUGUUGGUGGGCUCAAAUGCACUUGUCUGAACCUGCUCUGCUGGAGUGCUUUGGAACUCCUGAGACUAAAUGCAUCUUACAUCAGACUGCUCUUGUGCACUACAUCUCCAGGGCUGGAUUCUCAGCAGCCAAGUAUCUGUACGACUUCAAAGAUGCUGUGCUGCUUUACACCAGCUGAGGAUAUAGAUCUCUGGAGUUUGGGGGUUUUGUUGUUUUGGUGGUUUUUUUGUUUUGGGGUUGUUUGGGGUUUUUUUAGUGUUUUGUUGGUUUUUUUUUUUUUAUAAAGAAGGUUGAGAAGUGGUGUUCUAAUCAUUGCAAUAAAAUGGUUUUGUGUCCUAUAUUUGCCAUAAUAUUUGACUGAGGAAUAGAAUGGCAUUUAUGAUUAAAAUAUAUCUUUGUAUAAAAAUACCUUGUUCAAGAAUUUACUUACAUUAAAAUAUAUUGGGGGUGGAUUUUUAUUACUUUCAUUUUUCCCUUUCUUCAAGAAACUUAAUGGAUAUCUGAAUUUUUGACCCUAACAAACUGUUUAGAAGUGUCCAUAUUUUUAAAGGUCUAUAAUAUGUAUCCAAAUUAUAAAGGUAGUUCAAUUUGUCACCUGGAAAAACAAGCUUAAAAAACCCAAAUACAUACCUACCACUAAAUAAAAUAUAGUUGGUUUGGGGUUUUUUUGAUACAUCUGAGUCUGAUAGUUUCGUAAAGCAUAGAUUAUCAUAUGCAAACAGAAACCAAGUAUGAGAAAAGUAAAACACUUGUAUUUUUGUUAAUGUAUGAACACCGACGUUAACUCUCUGUUUCAUGUUAGAACCGUGGCCUUGCUACCAAUACACUGUAAAUGUUUAUCCCCCCUUAAAAACAUCUUGCACUGACAAAAAAAAUAAGAGAAUGUUGAAUACACAGUCAGAUCUCUAACCAUGGUCCCAAACAAAACAAAACUGCACUACAGAACAACAGUAUUAUGAAGAUUUAGGUGCUGACGUUUAAUGACUAUUGUAUGAAGUUUUCAGUUAUAAGCAGGAAAUGAAUACAUGAAAAUAUUUUGUUGUAAAAAAUAAGAUACAGUGCUAUUAAACAUUGUUUUAAGUAAUGUGGAAAAAUAAAAGAGCAAAACAUAA